UGAUUAAAAAUGGUGGAAUGUUUACUGUGUUUGAAAUCCAUAAAAGAUGUAGCUGAAUCGGAAUGUAUACUGGUCGAUUCGAUGCAAUGGGAAGAGUUGUCUAUCAAAAAAUUGAUUGAUAAACAUCUGUGGCCCAUAGACACCAUAACUCCUCAGUCAUGCCUUUGUCCAACUUGCUGGCAAGAAUUAAAUGGAUUUCAUAACUUCUAUACACGGAUCGAGGAGGCCCACAAUGAUUAUAAAUCGCUGUUGAAAGCCGAAAUAGAUCCAUUGGAGGAGGAAAGUAAACCCAAAGAUUUACUUUUGGAAAAUCUACUGGAACCUGAAAUAGUUAUUGGACAACCACUGGAUGUUGCCAUUGUUAUAAAACAAGAAAAUGAAGAGACGGCAAUUGUUCCAAAAAUCGAUAGUGAUAACGAGGACGAGAAAGAUAAAUCACAAUCUCUGACAGAUGAUGAUCGGGAAUUUAUGGAUGAUUUUAGUGGUAAUAGUGAUGAUAGCGAGGACAGUGAUAGUGAAGAUGAUUUGCCACUCAUACAAAGGUCAAACAAAUCGGCUGCUAAAACAAAAUCCGAUGUAAGCCUUGAAUCCGAUGAUGGUAGUAUAAAUCCCGAUCCAUUACAACCACGUCGACGGGGUCGUAAAAAAUCAACGUUUGACUCGAAAUCGAAUACAGCCGCGCGAAAAUCAUAUUAUCAACCUAAAACAAAUCGCCUGGAACAUGACAAAUUUCUGCAAGAACAUUAUAAAAUAACCUGCAACAAAUGUCAUUUGCCAUUCGAUACAUUCCCACUGCUCUGCAAACAUUAUAGUAAAGAGCAUAAUGAACGUGGAUUUGUGACAUGUUGUGAAAUGAAAUUUUAUGAUCGCAGUUUACUAGUGGAUCAUAUAAAUUUCCAUUUAAAUCCCGAAUACUUUAAAUGUAAGGAGUGUGGUAAGGUAUUAACACAACGACGUUGUUUGUGGGCCCAUAUGAAACUCCACGAGGAGAAGAAGUUCUGUUGUGAUGUUUGCGAUAAGAAAUUUGUACAAAAAUCUAAAUUGGAGAGACAUAAACUGACACACUUGCCGCAACAGGAGAAAAAAUAUCCAUGCAGUGAAUGUGGUAAAUUCUUUGGCAACGAAUAUGUUCUAACACAACAUCAUCGUGUGGUCCAUUUGAACAUCUAUGCCAAGGUGUGUGAAGUUUGUGGUCAAACAAUGCCCGAUUCGAAUUCAUUUAAACGUCAUAUGGAGAAGCAUGAUAAUAUAAGUGAACCUAAGACGGCCACACCCACUGCAACGGUUAAAUGUGAUGAUUGUGGUCUGAUAUUGGCGGGACCCCUUAAUCUGAAACGUCAUCGAGAUUUACAACAUCCUCCCGGUGGCAAACGUGAUUACACCUGUCAUAUAUGUUCGAAAGUAUCACCGAAUAUGAGAGCGUUAAAAAAACACAUACGCUGUACACAUGAAAUGGGAUAUGAUUUCAAGUGUACAAUGUGUGAGAAGGCAUUUAAGCGAUCGGAUAAUUUGAAGGCCCACAUGAGUACACACACCGGCACACCGCUCUAUUCCUGUCCAUGGUGUCCGAAAACCUUCAACUCAAAUGGCAAUAUGCACAAUCAUCGAAAAAAGGCUCAUCCCGCGGAAUGGGAAGAGGCACGACGUAAAAAGUAUUCCGGUAAUUUACCGCCUAAUUUUAAGCCGCCAACAACAACAUCAACAGCAACGACUACGACGAACAAUUCCUCCCAUUACUUUCCAGUAACAGUAAAUAUGAAUGGCAAUUAGUUGCAAUGAUUUUAUAUUAAGAAAAAAAACAAAUAA